AAUUGAUUUAUUAGUACUCUAAAGGCAAGCGUAUGCGCAUCGCGUUGACGUAUCAAACGAUUUAACUGGCAGUCGGAAUUUAGUAGCCAAAGUGAUAAGUUGUGUUUGUGAUUCUGUGAUAAAAAAAAUAGGUGUAACGAUGGCGCCAAAUGUACUGGAGUACUACCGGGGCAAGAACAUUUUUAUUACCGGAGGUACAGGGUUCGUGGGCAAGGCUCUGCUGGAAAAACUACUUAGGAACUGCUCAGAAGUUAAUGCUAUCUACUUACUGAUGAGACAGAAGAAGGGCGUCAGUGCUGAAGAGAGACUCAAAGAUCUUUACAGCAAACCGGUUUUUGAAAUGGUGAGAGAGAAGAAUCCAAGCGGUUUCAAGAAGCUCAGGAUUAUAAAUGGAGACAUUACAGAGCCUGGACUUGGUAUAUCAGAAGAUGAUGUAAAACUGCUGCAGAAGGAGUGUAAUAUAAUAUUCCAUAGUGCUGCUUGUGUGCGAUUUGAUCAGAAACUGAAAGAUGCAGUCAACAUGAACACUUCUGGUACUCUCAGAAUGUUGACCCUUGCUGAAUCUAUGCAGAAUUUAGAGGUGUUUGUUCAUCUAUCAACAGCUUACUGCCGUUGCGAUUUAGAUGUUCUUGAGGAGAAGGUCUACUCUGCAGUCCACAAGCCACGGAAGAUCAUGGACAUCGUGGAAUGGAUGGACGAUGACACACUGGCCUAUUUGGAACCUAAGAUAAUUUCUUCCGAGCCCAACACGUAUUCUUACACAAAGGCGAUCACAGAAGAUUUGGUUAACGAAUAUUCUGGAAAAUUCCCGAUUGCCAUCGCCAGACCUUCCAUUGUAACUGCUGCCUGGAAAGAACCUAUCCCUGGAUGGGUGGACAACCUGAAUGGACCAACGGGCAUCGUGAUCGGCAGUGGCAAAGGUGUGAUUCGAACGAUGCACUGUGAACCUUCAUUCAAAGCUGACGCCAUUUCAGUGGACGUCGUCGCCAACGCUUGUAUUCUGAUAGCUUACGUUACUGGAUUGGACAAGCCAAAAGAAACUCAAGUAUAUAACCUUACCUUAUCGGGUGUAAUUAACCUGACAUGGCAGGAAAUCAUAGACUUAGGAGAAAAAUGGGUAAACGAGUACCCCUACACCAUGGCGCUCUGGUACCCUGGUGGCAGCAUCAAGUCUUACAACAUCACCCAUCAAAUCGACAAGUUCUUCAGUCAUCUGGUGCCAGCGUACCUGGUUGAUGCUCUGCUGUUUUUACUGGGGAAGAAGACAUUCAUGAUCAACCUUCAAAAACGAAUUAGCCAUGGCCUCAACGUCCUACAGUAUUACACAACGAAGGAAUGGCAUUUCAGAAACAACAAUUAUAAAGGUUUACGGAACAGAAUAACCCCUGAAGAUAAUGACGUGUUCUACACUGAUGCUUCCACCCUGAACCCUGAUGAGUACCUCAAGAAUUAUGUGCUGGGUACCAGAAAGUUCUGCUGUCAUGAGGACCCUGCUAACCUUCCGAGAGCCAAGAAAUUGCAUCGAAUCCGUUACUUCGUCGACCGCUUCAUCAAGUUAAUCUUCAUCUUCCUCGUUCUCUGGACCCUGUACAGCAACUCCCACGUCUUCGCAUCAUCAGUGGAACUCCUGGACAACAGCCUCAAGAGUCUACCUCUCAUGCACCAAGCCAAAGCGGAAGAAAUAUCCAAUAUAGUUCUUUAAAUCUUGCUAGAUCGUUUUUAGACAUAUUUGUUUAAAAUUACUAACUUAACUAGCUUAUACCAACGGCUCUGCCUGUGUUUUAGAGAUAUUCAAUGUCCUAUGUGUUCAUACCUGUCCUGGUCUAUACGUAUGCAAAAUUUCAUUGAAAUCUGCUCAGUAGUUUUUGUGUUACAGUUGUAAUUGUAAACAUACUUCUUUUACGUUAUGUAAUAUAGACAAAUAGUAAGUUUUUUAGUCACAGAAUAGUGUUAAACAAAGAAAAUACAAUGAUUCAGUCUGCUACUUCAUAUCAACAGCCAGUAACAGGCCAUUACUGGACUAUGGGUGUCCUCUACUCAAGAUUUCAUGAAUAAAAAACGAAAUACAAAAAAUAAUAACCCUGACAUCUGGCGGCGAAUAGCGGCACUAUUUUGUCUUUUCAAACUCUUGAAACAUUGAGUUGUUUAUAAUGCUCACAGAAUGCAAAGUUAUAAUUACGUAGUUUUUAAGUAGUUGUAAUUAUUGAAUUAAUUUCUUUUAACCGGCAAAAAGUGGGUGUUACGUUUAAAAGUUUGUGUACCUAUCUCUGCCUCCCCGUUUUGGAAAAGGGCACGAUGUUUUGUCCUGUUUGAUACAUAGAUUAUAGAAUUAAUACUUAGUUACCAUUUUUUAUGUUAUCUGUAAUAUUUACCAAAGAUCUAUUUUUUUCUAAUGUUUAAAUUUCGGCAAUAUCACCUAUUAUUACUAUAUUAUUCGACGAAUUUAAUUUCUUAUUUACCUACAUGUGUCAUGUCCCUGUCAUAAUGUCUGUUUAUUAAUUUCAUACUGGUUUUUAAUGUAGAAAAACAAUAUUAAUAACAAGUUAAAAUGAAGUCGGUAAAAAAGGAACUGUUUUCCUUAUUAAUGUUUAACGCCUGAUCCAAAUUUUAUAGCAAACUAUCUUCAGGUGUUUAGUUGUUUGUCUAUUUUUGUGUGUGGAUGUAUCCCUGGUGUGUUUUUUAUUUUGUCUGUGAUG